AUGACGCUCAGUAUCUCGAUUGAUCCAGAUCCCCACGGUUCGGAUCAGUUCCUUUCCGACGACGAGGGCUCGUCUGGUGUCCAUGUACCUACAUCUUCCGAGUUCGAUAAUGAGUACCAGGAUUAUGAUGAGUGGGCGCAUUUGCCAUAUCCGGAUGAAUUGAAACCAUCUGAUUCAGCCUCUCGACCAAGAACUUCGAACCGCAGUCGUCCGCCCCACGGUUCACGCUCCGCUUCGGGCCGUCGCCCAACAUCGCGACGUAUGGUUCCAGAACAUCAGUCAUUCGGCCCUCGAGGCCGAAGACAACAAUCACCAGAUUCCCCAGAUAGCGCCGAUUCGGCCGACGAGUACCCUACCAAUUUUGGUCGAAAUGAUCGGAGAGGUUGGCAACAACCCAUGCCACACGCCCCUGGAUAUGCUCCCAGCCAGUCCUCUGGUCCAUCUUACACUCCCUACCCUCCUCCUCCUCCCCCUGGCCAUGGCCCCUAUGCCCAUCCUCCCCCGAUUACAUCAGAGCUCAUGAGAAUUGCUCAUCCAGGCCAAUCCAACCCCUACGGUGCUCCUCCUUUUGGAUACCCACCUCAAUUUCAACCUGGGUCUCAUUUUCUUCCCGAACAACCUCAACUUCAUCCACGACAUGCGCCUCGCCAGCCACCUCAGAUGCAUAAUCCAAUGCAGCCGCCAAUGCCGCCAAUGCCGCCAAUGCCGCCAAUGCCACACGCGAUGGGUCCUCACGGUGCCCACUCCCCUUACCCUGGAUAUCCUCACGAGUUGAUGACCUAUGGCCACACUGGUUUCUAUCGAGAUCAACCCAGCUAUUUCGGGGGACCGAUCCCGGGCAUGAUGCCUCCUCAUUAUUGGCCACCCUAUCCCCCAGUGCCUUCUCCUCCAGCGCAACCCGAACCCAAAUCUCCCCCCCCAGCGCCCGCGCCCGCUCCCGCUCCCGAACCUGCUCCGGCCCCCGCCCCUGCCCCUGAACCCGCCCCUGCUCCUCCUCCCCCUCCACCACCACCACCCCCGCCGCCGCCUCCUCCCCCUCCACCAGUCGACACUGCCAAAGAUGAACAAAUUGCGAGGUUAGAGAAGUUGAUUCUGGACGACCGUCAAGAGCGGGAAGCGAAAGAGCUUGCGCGCGAGGCGAAAGAGCUUGCCAAAAAGCAGGCUAUUGAACGCGCGGCCGCUGAGAAAGCAGCCCAGGAGGCACAGAUAGCGCAUGAUAGGAAGAUCACCCUAGAAGCUGCGGCGCUUGCUCGAGCGGAUGCCGAAAAGAAGGCAGCAGAGGAUGCUGCAAAGGCUAAGGAGGAGGCGGAGAAAGCUACGGCCGCGGCCGCUAGUGAGGCAGCUGCUGCAGCGACGGCUGCGGCUAAUGAAGCAGCUGCUGCAGCGACAGCUGCGGCUAAUGAAGCAGCCGCCAAAGCAGCCGCUGAAGCCGCUGAAGCCGCUGCUAAGGCCGCCGAACCGCCGCCACCACCGCCACCCCCGGAGAAGAAGCAGCCUAUCAAAUUCAAGGACGCUGUUGGCAGGAAAUUCAGUUUUCCAUUUGAACUAUGUGCUACCUGGAAGGGAAUGGAAGAGCUCAUCCGGCAGGCUUUCCUCCAUAUUGAAGUCAUUGGACCUCAUGUGGCCGAGGGCCACUAUGAUCUUGUUGGUCCGAAUGGCGAUAUUAUCCUCCCACAGGUUUGGGAAACUGUGGUCGAGCCUGACUGGGCUAUCACUAUGCACAUGUGGCCAAUUCCCGAAAAGCCAAAAGAAGACCCUCCCCCCCCUCCUGCGCCAGCGCCAGAGCCAGAGCCUGCCCCGGUAAAACCGCCAGAUCCACCUGCCGAGCCAAAGAAGAAAGCGGAUGCCCCUAAAAAAGGUAAGGCCAGAGGACCAGAUGUUCCCGGGAGUUUCGCGAUGUGGAUGUUGGGUGGCACCAAUCGCCGGGGAGGCAAAGGGGGUCCUAAAGUGGAAAAAAAGCCUGAUGCCUCUUCCCCAGCAACUGCACCAUGA